AUGACUCUCAAAUACAAGGACAAGGACGGCGGCGUUGUUCUGGCCUUCAACGGCCAGUGGGUCAGCUGGUCGCACACCGUCGUCGCGUACACUGCAUUCAUCAGCGCCCUGAUUAUUGGCGUCUCUCUUCAUUACCACAAGAUUGUUCAAAAUGAAUUCUACGGUUAUCCUGACGAGUGGUUCCCCUCCGUCUCCGCCACCAUUGGCGAUCGCUACCCUGAGCGGUCGUUUUUCAUGAUCUUUAUUGCCAUGACAUCUGGCCCUCGGUUUGCUCUCGUUGGCCUAUGGUACCUCCUAACCCGCAAGCCCGGCACCAAGCUGCCAGACUUUGUCGCCUUCAUGGGUGUCCUGCGCACCCUCACCUGCGGCGGUUGGACCUACAUUACCUCGACCGAUGAUCACGACUGGCAUGACAUCCUCAUGAUCUCCUACAUUGUGGCUACUUUGCCCUGGACCACUGGCUGCAUUGCCCUCAGCCCCAACAAUCCCACAGCUAUCAAGUACCGCAAGUACCUUGCCGGUGCCUUCUUCGGAACCCUGGUGCCUCUGAUUUACUUCUUCAUUCAGCACAAGGUCCAUCGUAUUGCUGGAGCUUACACCACCUAUGCCUUUUUCGAAUGGGCUCUGAUUCUCUUCGACGUCGGUUUUGAUGCCGUCACCGCCCUUGAUUUCAAUACGUUUGAGAUUAUAGUUCGCGAUGCUCAAGGCUCAGCCAAGGGCGACAAAAAUUCUGUCCCGUCCGCCGUUCUGGAAAAGGAAAAAGAACAGGCUACUGCUGGCCUAUUUUCCCUGCGCUUCACCUGGACCGAGGCUCUUGAUACAGCGGCGGAUAUCUACCACGGCUUUGUCUUUUGGUCCAUGCUCACUAGUCUUGGUCUUCUCGUUUGGUACUUCCCUCUCUGGCACAUGGGCAUUUCCGGCUAUGAGGUUUUUGUCAUGUCCACCAUUUCGCCUUUCCUGCUCUGCAUCGGCCCCCUUCGCUCACUUGUUGUCAACAACCUCCGCAUUGUCCACCUGCUCUCGCUCUCUGGCGUGGGCGCUUAUCUUGUCCUCGAUCCCGUUUACCGCCUCUCUACCGUCGGCUUUGCUGUUGCCAUGAGCUGUCUUGGUUGGGUUGGCACGCUGUCUUCUGAAUCGGUCCACGAAGCCCGCUUCGAGUCCAAGAUUCUGGGUCUACUCAUCGGCUUGAUUCUCUCAUCGACUGCCAAGUUUGCAGGGACGACCAACAACCCCAUAUGGCCUGUGAUGCACGCUGCCAACGGCGGUUGGAACGGCACUGGUCUUGCGCUCGGUCUUUUGGCAGCGCUUCGCUUCACUCGUCGUGCGCCCCUGACUAGCGGCUCGAGUUCUGACAAGUUGCCUGGCUCGGUGCUUCUCUCUGCUUGCGGUAUCGGCGGUCUCUUCUUCGCUCUGCACUCGCUCCUCUCUGACACCAGCACCAUGAUCUUGUGGGUCUGGGAGGGCUUCCCUAUCCGUGGCCCUUACUUUUCCACUCAUGGUUGGUUGACGCUCGGCGCCAUGUCGGUUGGUGUCUUUAUUGGCACCUCACGCCCUAACCUGGCUGGCAGCUGGCUAACUUUUGGUGCUGGUUCUCUGGGUGCUCUUUUCCUGACGCUCUUCAGCCACUGGACCGGUUACUAUGGCGGACUUGCCUUUACUGUCUACAUCAUGGCUGCUGCUGUCCCGCUCCUCUCCUCUGCCUCGAAAAAGAGCCCCGCCGCUACCUUUGGUCUUGGCUUCCUUAUUUACAACUUCAUGGUUCUUUUCCACGUCUGGGUUGUUGCGUAUGCGUUCGUUCCCGGCGGCCCUCUUGUGCGCGAGCACACCGACUGGGUCAUGCUGACCAUGAUACUCCUCGUUGGUGCUGGUGUCCUCAACUACAACAGCUCCAAGCCCAAACACGCUGCGCCUCGCCGUUCCGGCCCCUCGCAGCACAGAAAGUACAACAUACUGUCUACUCUUUUCAUCAAUAUUUUGUUCCUGUGCGCCGCCUUUAUGCGAUUCCCCACCAAUGAUUACAAGCCAUACCAUGGCGAGGACCGCGUUCUCACAGCCGGUAUCUGGACCAUCCACUUUUCCCUCGACAAUGACAUGUGGUCUUCCGAGUAUCGCAUGCGCGAUCUUAUCAAAGAGCUAGAGCUCGACGUCGUUGGUCUGCUCGAGUCUGAUUUGCAGCGUAUCAUUAUGGGCAACCGUGAUACUACGCAGUUCCUAGCCGAGGAUCUGGGCAUGUACGUGGACUACGGCCCUGGCCCCAACAAGCACACCUGGGGUGCCGCUUUGCUGUCCAAGUUCCCAAUCGUCGAGUCAAAGCACCAUCUACUUCCCAGUCCCGUUGGUGAGCUUGCUCCCGCCAUCCAUGCCACUCUCGACGUGUACGGCGAACUUGUGGACGUCUUUGUUUUCCACUCUGGGCAGGAAGAGGACCCCGAGGAUCGCCGUCUGCAGUCCGAGUACCUUUCUAAACUCAUGGGCUCGACGCCGCGGCCGGCCAUCCUGCUCAGCUACCUCGUCACCAAGCCUCUGGAGGGCAACUACAACACAUAUGUCAGUGAGACGUCGGGCAUGCACGAUGUCGACCCGAGCGACUGGGACCGCUGGUGUGAGUACAUUCUGUUCAAGCGUCUGAAGCGCGUUGGCUAUGCCCGCGUCAGCCGUAGCACGAUUACAGAUACCGAGCUGCAAGUUGCCAAGUUUGUCAUUCCGCAGUCCGAGUCUGAGAUCCGCCAAAUUGAGGCGAUUCCGACCGAAGAGCGUAACCGCAGGGCGGAGGAGAGCGAUGUGCCUGUGGGCUGGAGAUUCCCAGCCAUGUUCCGUGGCAAUGGCGUACGCGACCACCGGUAUCACGUCUUUGACGAGCCAAGAUACUACAAUUAA